CCCGCCCGCGCCCGCGCCCGCCGGGCCGCCGUCUCCGCCUGUCGCUGGCUCCGCGGCCGCUGGCUCCGAGGAAGCGAGGGCAGAGGGGAGGGGCAGGCGGCGCCCGGGAGGGAGGCACCGGGCCGCAGGCCAAGACGACCGGGGUCACAAUUUGGGUUUGUAGCAAAAAUGCUUUCAGAACAGACAGCAGCCCUGGGGACAGGAUGGGAGUCAAUGAGUGUUCAGCUGGAUGGAGCAGAGCCCCAGAUGGAAAGGGGAAGCCAGGAAGAGGGGCCGUGGAGAACAGCACCAGGGGCACUGGAGCACCUGUGCUGUGACCUUGAAGAGGAGCCACAGUCGCUUCAGGACAAGGCUCAGUCGGCUCCCUGGGUUCCUGCCAUUCCCCAGGAAGGGAGCACUGGAGAUUGGGAGAUGGCAGCUGCACUUCUUGCAGCUGGAUCACAGGGCCUGGUAACCAUCAAGGAUGUGUCCCUGUGUUUCUCUCAGGAGGAGUGGCGGAGCCUGGACCCUUCUCAGACAGACUUUUAUGGAGAAUACGUCAUGCAGGAAAACUGUGGGAUAGUGGUCUCUCUAAGAUUUCCAAUCCCCAAACUGGAUAUGCUUUCUCAACUAGAAGGCGGGGAAGAACAAUGGGUCCCUGACCCCCAGGACUUAGAAGAGAGGGACAUUCUGAAGGUCACAUAUACAGGAGAUGGAAGUGAGCACGAAGGGGAUACCCCUGAACUAGAAGCAGAACCUCCCAGAAUGUUAUCUAGUGUGUCUGAAGAUACCGUUCUCUGGAACCCAGAGCAGGAUGAGAGCUGGGAUUCCAUGCCCAGGAGCUCCAGAGGCAUGCUCCUUGGCCCACCGUUUCUUCAGGAAGAUAGCUUCUCAAACCUUCUGUGUAGCACAGAAAUGGAUUCCCUGUUAAGACCACACACAUGCCCCCAGUGUGGGAAACAGUUUGUGUGGGGCUCCCACCUUGCCAGGCACCAGCAAACACACACUGGGGAGAGGCCCUACAGCUGCCUCAAGUGUGAGAAGAGCUUUGGGAGAAGACAUCACCUGAUCCGACACCAGAAAACCCACCUACAUGACAAGCCCAGCAAGUGCUCUGAGUGUGGCAAGAAUUUCCGAUGCAACUCCCAUCUGGCCAGCCACCAGAGAGUACAUGCAGAAGGCAAGUCCUGCAAGGGCCAAGAGGUUGGAGAGAGCCCUGGGGCUCGGAAGCGGCAGCGCGCUCCACCAGUGCCAAAGUGCCACGUGUGCACUGAGUGUGGGAAGAGCUUUGGCCGACGGCACCACCUGGUGAGACACUGGCUGACACACACCGGGGAGAAGCCCUUCCAGUGCCCGCGCUGUGAGAAGAGCUUCGGCCGUAAACAUCACCUGGACAGGCACCUGCUGACCCACCAGGGACAGAGUCCCCGGAGCAGCUGGGACAGAGGGACAUCUGUCUUUUGAAAUCUGUUUCUGUUGCAGCUGUGGUCACAUCUUUCAACCGGUGCUACCAGGAGUCUCUGCCAGAGCUGACCCUCUCCUGCACCCCCGUGGCCAGAGUCAUGAGUCCCAGUCCAUCCCUAGAAAGAUGAGGUUCCAGCAUUGGCCAGAGUAUUUCUCUCACCAGUUCUAUGAGAUGCCACAUAAAGUAGAGUUCUUUGGGCAAAACUUUUGGGAAACAAUGCCUACUGCAUAGGCUGAUAUUCAGCCUGAGCCCAUUCUCCAGGGUACUGUAGUACCAGCAGUUUUUGGCUAAGGCCCAAACUGCUUGGAUUGGUUGGUUGGAGCUUAUGCCAUACCAGUCAUUAAAUAUUUUGAGUAUCACCCUUCCAUAACAUAACUAUUCUCU